CACUUCACCGACCUUCUCCAGCAAGCGUAUAAAAAAGCAAGGAAGGAGAGUGUCACAUGCCAACGUUAGACUUGAAAAAGUACGCCACAGCGGAUCUUUAAGUGACUAAUUGGCUCAGCUCAAUAAAGCCUUGUAUAUAUGUAAGGCCGGCUCGUGUUUGUUCAGUCGUUAUUGAGGGGGGUCGUGGAAGAAGUGGGUUCGACUCCCAUAGCCCCGAUGUGGCGAAAAAGACUGAAGAAAGGAAAACUAAAAUGACAAUCAAUUCUAUUGUUAUUCAAAAAUUACUGAGUACGAACGCACAUCUAGGCCGUCGGGUAGCUGCUCACCAUUUCAAAGUCUAUAUCUGUGGUUCCAGAAACGGAAUUGCUAUUCUAGAUUCAGAUAAGACACUGAUUUGUUUACGAAACGCUUGUCAUUUUAUAGGAUCUCCCAUUCGUCAAAAAGGCCGUUCCUUCUUUGUAAAUACCAAUUCGUUAUUCGAUGAGAUAGUGGAAAAAAUGGCGACGAGAAUCGGCUGUAUCAAUGAUUCUCAAUGGAGGAUCGGGGGGUUUUUGACCAAUUGUUCAAGUCCGAAAAAAAUCCGUUCGAGAAACAAGAAGAUCAAUUUCGGGUCGAACCAACAACCAGAUUGUGUAGUUAUUAUCGAUGCAGAUAGAAAGUCCUCGGUCAUACUUGAAGCUGAUCGAUUACAAAUACCUAUUGCAUCUUUAGUGGAUUCGAAUAUCCCAUUGGGAUCCUAUAAAAGAAUCACUUAUCCCAUUCCAGCGAAUGAUCCAAUACAGCUUGUAUAUUUAUUUCGUAAUUCGAUCACGAAAACAGUUCUUCUUGAACGGGGAAGAAUCGUUGCGAUGAAGGAGACUGCGGGAGAAGAAAGAACUCAUAGACCAGAAUUACUACAAGCACUUUUAGAUAAAGGGGGGUUAACUAACGAAAGAAAGAUGGAACUGGUUCCCCACCCAGGAAGAAAACCACAUUUCCUUGCUACUAAUCCAUUUAGGCGCCUUUUCAUCCGCGGAUUUCACUCGACCGGAAACACGCUUUCCCCCUUUCUGUUCAACGAACUGAUCGGGGCCGUCGCCCCAUUCCUGCACUCGAAUUCAUCCGGCAUCUCGGAUACGGGGAUGACAGAAAACACGCUUUCCCCUUCUCCGUUCAACGAACUGAUCGGGGCCGUCGCCCCAUUCCUGCGCUCGAAUUCAUCCGGCAUUUCGGAUACGGGGAUGACAGAUGGAAAUGUGGGGGCUAAUAGUAGUCUGUCGGGGGCGGAGGUGAUUCCUAGUUCCGGAACGACUUCAACGGGAAUACCACCCCUGCUCUCCUUUAAGAUCCCGAAAGGGGGCCACCUCGCUUCUCUUAUAAAUGAUAUAGACUUCGACUGGUCUUCUCUGCCUGAACAAAGCGGAAAAGUGGUCACGACCAAACCGCAAGUUGACCACCCCAGUACCGCUACUCCGGGAGCAUCCGCUGCUCUUCCUUCCGCCCCAAACCAAGGGCAGCCCUGUGAAGCUAGUGUAAGAAUAGAGGCGGGAGCAGAAGGAGCAAAUCAAGGAUCGUCUUCAGCGCCUCCGUCUGUAUCUACUGAUGUUUCUACCCCUCUUCAAGGGCAUACCUCGGUCUCGUCGUCUUCGGAAAGCUCGUUUGAGAUACGGGUUUUAAUGAAGCCUUUUCCGGGUGACAAUGAGGGCACGUCGGUGAAUUCUUCGAUCCCAAGGGUGGCUCCCGCUGAAGCUUCGCACCAAACGCCCUUUACUUACAAUAGUAGCCUCGAGGCUUCACUAAAAAAUCGAAUUAAAAAACUCGAGAAUGAAAAUUGCAUUUUUCUCCUUGAUAAAGAGAAGGGCGUUUAUUGGACUGACAUAAAAAGAGCGCUCGAGCGAGCUCCCUCUCUGAGAGAGUAUACCCAAUUACUCGAGCUCGAGAGUGGGGAUCUCCAGAUUCGAGAACAUAAACACUCAUGUUUUUCUCUUUUUCAACAAGUGCUUUCUCAGCAGCCUGCCUUGGCCGAGAAUGCGGCCUACAAUCCUCAAGAAGCCUUUAUCGACUUCUUUAACGAGAAGCGGGACGAGCUGGACACCCAGCUCGAGUGGAGCAUGGCAGAAAGAGACAGAAGGGAACUCCAAUUGCUUGAUAGAGUGAGGCAAGAUAUCAGAACCCGGGGCCCCGACUCUAUCUAUAUGAGAGAAAUACUUGGAAAUGCGGCUAACGAAUAACAACAUUAAAAAAAAAGUUUUCUUUUUUUUGCAGCAGCAAAAGUGAAGCUGCUGCAUGGGCGGCUUGCCUUUUUAUGUUUUGCCUAGAGAGAGGCCAAAGUAAGGCAGUGAAAGAGCAGGACUUCUUUCACGCACUGAAAGGCAGGCCCUUGUCAUGAUAAGUUAAGUUUGGUUGCCUUGCUUUCGUGAUACGGGGAGGGGGAGUGGUGAGGAGGGCCCCCUUUAAGAAUU